AUGCGUGACUGGGCAGGAUUCUUUGUGAAGGGGUGGGACUUCAUUGCUCUUGUGGCUUUAUCCUUCAGUGGUGCUAUUGGACUGACUUUUCUUAUGCUGGGAUGUGCCUUAGAGGAUUAUGGUGUGUACUGGCCAUUGUUCGUCCUGAUAUUUCAUGCCAUUUCCCCCAUCCCGCACUUUAUUGCCAAGAGAGCAACAUAUGACUCUGAUGCAACAAGUAGUGCUUGUCGGGAGCUUGCCUAUUUCUUCACUACUGGAAUUGUUGUCUCGGCCUUUGGGUUUCCUGUUAUUCUUGCUCGUGUGGCUGUGAUCAAAUGGGGAGCAUGUGGCCUUGUGCUGGCAGGAAAUGCAGUCCUAUUCCUUACAAUUCAAGGCUUUUUCCUUGUAUUUGGAAGAGGAGAUGAUUUUAGCUGGGAGCAGUGGUAG